CCAAAACAUGUUGACACCCGGUUCAGUUUUAUGACAGGGACGCUCUCAGUCUGCGUUGACUAGCAAUCUAAACAACAAGAGUUAUCAGAUCUUCAAGUUAACAUGGAUUACAGGUAGAACAGUCACAGGCAUUCCUAGAUCACUUACGAUGUCGUCAUCCUGUAACGUGGGAGCAUCUGCAGGUGGAGGAGGAAGUGUUGUCAUGGAGACAUCCAACUUCGCCCAUGUCAUCUUCCAGAAUGUUGGGAAAAGCUUCCUCCCUCAGGCAGCUCUUGAAUGUCAUUACACACUCACUCCUUUCAUCACACCACAUCCAAAAGACUGGGUUGGAAUCUUUAAGGUGGGCUGGAGCAGUGCAAGAGACUACUACACGUUUCUCUGGUCUCCCAUGCCUGAAAACUACACAGAGGGAUCCACUGUUCACCGAACUAUCAUUUUUCAGGGUUAUUAUGUCCCUCGCAGUGAUGGUGAAUUUUAUCAGUUCUGUUAUGUCACACAUACGGGUGAAAUCAGAGGUGCGAGCACACCGUUCCAGUUCCGCCCAGCUACACCCACAGGGGAGGAGCUACUAACGGUGGAAGAUGAUGGAAACUCAGACAUACUGGUUGUGACGACAAAGACUGGGCUUCUUGAGCAGCGUGUAGAAGAAGUUCAACAAGAGUGCAAAGAACUGCAGAAAGCACUCCGGCUCCUCACACAGGAGAGAGAUCAGCUUCAGGAGAAACAGAGACAACAGAACCAGGAGCUGCAAAAAAGCCUGAUUGAAGAGAAGGAGGAGGCUCAAAGCAGGGUGAGGCAGCUUGAACAGGACCUGCUAAAGAUCACACAAAAAGCUGUUCUUAAAGAGACUGAACUUGACUGUCUAAGAGACAAGUUGCAGAAGGUAAUAUCUGAAAGGGACAGCUUACAAACUCAGCUGAAGAAUGAAAGAGACGAAAGGGAGCUUUACAAAUCUCAUGUGCGCAGUGCUGAGCUGGAGAACACUAAACUCAGUGCAGAGCUGCAGAUGCUGAAGGCGGUGGAGCUGAACAGAGAGGUCACCAUCGCACAGUACCAGGAGGAACUGCACAGACUGCGCACUGAGAGAGACACACACCCUGCUGAAACUGGUCUCAAAGAGCAGUUGCGUCAAGCGGAGGAGCAGCUCCAGGCCACGAGGCAGCAGGCAGCCAUGUUGGGCUCUGAGUUACGUGAUGCCUCCGGUGGACGAGAUCGCACCAUGACGGAGCUGUACCGUGUCCGUCAAGAGGCUGAAGAACUUCGAGCCCAUUUAGCUGAAGCCCAGGAAGAAUGCAGGCAUGCUCAGGAUCAGUUGGACAGGAUGAAGAACCAGACUUCACAGGAAAUGCUUCAGGGCAGGGCUGGUGGAGGAGUGGGUGUGGCCUCAGAGCUGGAGGCGGAGCUGCAAAAGGAAGUCGAGGAACUAAAGUUGCGGCUCAAUAUGGCUGCAGAGCACUACAAAGAGAAGUAUAGAGAGUGCCAACGUUUGCGAAGACAAGUCACCAAAUUGACCCAGCAACAGGAGACACAGCAGGGAGAUGCUAAUAGGAAUGAUGCCUCUACAGAAACCACACUGGAGUUACACACCCCAGAUGCAGAGACUCCAUCAGAAUCGUAUCCUGCUGAGAUUAAAACUGUUGCAAGAGAUGUGGAGAAAUCAAGGGAUGAAGAAGGGAAUGAACAAGAGGAGGAAGAUGAAGAGGAGGAGGAAUGUAGCUUGUCAGUUGAAGCUGAGCUUGCCUGCAUGGAGGAGAAAUGGAGAGAGCAGUGCACCAUCAAUGAAAACCUGAAGCUUCUGCUAGCCAAUGAGGAGAAGCGGUUUAAAACUCAGGUGGCCGAGAAGGACAGAGAAGUUUCUGCUCUGAGGGAGAGUCUUGUGGUAGUGACUAAGGAGAAAGAGAGAUUGGAAAAGGAGUUGCAGCAGUAUAUGAGGGAAGGAACAACGAGGAGUCGGAGGUUAGAGGUCAGAGAGCCAGUGGUUCUGCGUUACCCACUGCCAUAUCCACAAGAUCCACCUCCACUCCCACUGGUGCCCCAACAACCUGCUGAACUGCAGUUCGGAAAUCCCUAUUUAGAACAAGAGACCCGGGAUGGAGCAGAUGGGGCAUUAUCCCCAGAACAAACCUGUCGCCCCCCUCCCCUAGCUCCUCCACCGUGGGGUGGUCCUGUGGUCUGCAGCCAACCAUCACGAAGCCUCAGCCCACCUGAUGGCCUAGAGAAUCCUACUGAAGAACGGCCUACUGGAGGUGAUGGUGAGGCCCCUGCUGUCUGUGAACAUCAGAGCCUGGAAUCUAAUGAGAGCCACACCAGCUUUUGCUUUGACACCAGACCUGACGUUCAUAAGCAAUGCCCCUUAUGUGAGGUGAUCUUUCCACCACACUUUGAGCAAAGCAGUUUUGAGCGACAUGUGGAGUCUCACUGGAGAGUGUGUCCUGUCUGCAGCGAGCAGUUUCCUCUGGAUUGCCAGCAACAACUCUAUGAAAAGCAUGUGCACACUCACUUUGAUGGCAAUGUUCUCAACUUCGACAACUUUGAUUAGUGAGAAAGAAAUGCUUUUAAUAUGACAUAUUCAGGGGCUUCAGCGUUUUGUUUAAAACACGCUAAUGUUGUCACUUUGUUGUAACUGUCGCACAACUCAUGCCAGAAGGACUCGCCAUCUGAAUAUUUGAUUUGCACAUAGAUGAUGAAUUAGAAGGGUUAGUUCCCCAAUCAAAAAAGGAAAAUGUUCAACCUAUGUCAUUUGAAACCAGUUCAACCUUUAUUGAUCUUCAGAACACAGACGAAGAUAUUAAGGAAAUGUCACUCAAUUGAAGGUCAAAUCACCUAAAAUUCAAGAAACUUUAAAACAUUUACAAAGAUCACACAAGAUAAAUCUGUGAAUCAUGUGGUUUGAUCAAGGUCUUCAGGAGAGGUUUAAUUUUGGCCGUUAUUUACAUAUUAAAGAUGCUGUAUAUAUGUUUUUGACUUUUCUAAACCAUAAAAAUACCAUAAUAUGUUUGCAGAUAUUUAGGAAACAUGCCGAAUAAACAUACUUGUUUAUCUGAAGUCAGAUAUUCCGCUUUGAAAGUGUGUUUUCUGUGCCAUAACGUCUGUCUUUGUUUUGGGUAAUUUGAACCUGCCCAAUGCCACUUUAGCCACAUAUAUUUCAGCAGUCUGGGUUGCCUUGUUGGAAAACCGCAAAUUUCAUUCAUUCAUUCAGAAAGACUCUGAAAGCAUGUGUCCGUGAUCUAAAUACAACCUCCGGUGGACAGUAGCAGACUCCAAAAUGAGACCAAUUACAUGAGGUUAAUUAGCAAAUUAUACAUAUAUUAUGAGCGUAAACAUUAAGUGAGCAGGUUACAUUAUACUAACAACUUGUGUCCUAACAACUUGCUUUGUGACAAGAUGAGCAGUGAUAAGCAAUUUGGUGACAUGACAGAAACAUGACAGAAAUUUAAACCCAGCCAUUUAGAAGCACCGAAUAUGCACUUACUCACGAAAUAGUAAGAUUUAUAAUUAUUACCCCUCUAAAACAGUAUUAAAUGUACAUGCCGAAUCACUUAUAUGUAUUUGGUUCUAAAGUUCAAUUUCAAAUUUUAAUUUCAAGAUCUAAGGUGAUCUGCUGCUACUUUUAAGCAUAUGGCAAUAAAUGUCAUGCAAAAUGGCAUUCAAACUUGCAUUGCUAGUAUUUUACACUGAAUAAAACACAUGAGGUGUACCUGAGGUGAUCAUUUUUUCUGUUGUUUAGCUGCAAGAAAUAGAAACCGUUUCUAAUAUAUAAAUUCGAGGUGUUGGUAAGGACAAAAACUCCUUUUAUGUGGAGAAUAUUCCUUUUAUCGGGUGCCGUUGCUUUCAUUUACAACACAAUUUAAAUCACUCGCUCCUGUCCUCAAUCUGGCAAACUGUGCCUGCGUUUAUUUUAAUCCAGGAGGGCAAUACCUAGUUCAACCACUGAUGUGAACCACUAAAUCCACCUAAUGAUGUUCACUAAAUUCAUAUUAUUGUUUGAUUUCCUUCGCAUUUUAAGAGUCUGAGUUUUGGGUGAAUAGACUUUCAAUAGAGGCACAAAAAAUGCCUUCUGAAGAUGAACAAUUUUCUCUUGGGUUUGGAAUUACUCACUGGUUAGUAAGUGAAGUAUGGCAGAAUAUAUAUUUUUUGGUUGGAUAUAACUCUUCAAUUCAGAUAUUUAAACAUCAAAUGGACAGAAUACUAUAUCAACAGUCUUCAGGUGUAAUAGAUAUGUAAAAAAAAAAAAAAAAUGAAAAGCACUUUUGAAAUGUAAAUUUUGUGUACUACUGAAAAACAGAUUAUGCUUUAAACGAAGAGAAAAGAGCUUUAAGUUGUUGUUGAUGAAUAUAAAGAUUUUAUUUAUAGGACCAAUGAUGUAUUCAUGUAUUUAUAGAAGAAGAUGGCCAUGAUUAACUCAAAUUACUACAAUUGACUACAUGUAUUACCUCAGAAGCAAUGAAGCCUUUUCAGUGUGAAAAGCCCAGACGGUGAUACACUCAUUUGAUCUGUAAACUCUCAUACUAAAUCAACUUCAUGUUGUUCUAAAAUUGUUUGACAUUCUUGUGUUAAACAAAAUUGGGCUGUGCUUUUGAAUAGGAGCUUUUACGAUUUUUUAAAUGUGCAGCAUAAAAGGUGUAGGUUGAGGCAAAGAAAUGUAUUGGAUUUGUAAAUGAACUUGGGAAAACUUGGGAAAAGGCUUGAAAACUACAGGUUUCCUCAAAAUAAUACAGUGACCUUUUAAAUUUCCCAAUCCACAUGAUAAAGAUGACAAAACUGUUGUUUUAGUUGAACUUAAGUAAAGAGAGAGUCUUUACUAAAACUACGGCAAUGCGCAACAACCUUUCAGUGCAUCAUUGGAUCAGGCAUCUUGCAGAAAAAAACAACAACAACUAAACAUAAGAAAUGGUUAUUAGUUUCAGCAUUAUAUCAUUGCACAUUCUAUGCUUGAAAUCCAUUUAUCCAACACAGCUAAUGUAUCACACUGCAAGUGUGCCAGAAAGUUUAAUUUAGGGUUGCUCUGUGUUUGUGUAUCAAGUGAUUAAUUAUUAAUAAAGAAUGCUAAGGCUUGAGGUCUCUCAAUUGCCCUUGUAUUUGUAAGUCAUCAGGCAUCAAUUGACACUCUAUGGACAAUAAAAUGUAAACUUGCACCACCCUUGUUUGAUUUUCUUUAUUUUUGUACCAUUGUCCUAAAUGUUACACUUGAGGAUAAAGA